GUGGGUCUCCAUCCUCGCCCCCUCCCCGGCAGCCCUGCCAGCUGUGGGGGGCAAGGAGAGCAAAGCCAAGGUGAGAGCCGGGCUGCGGAUGCUCUUUCCCAACCUGCGUCUCGCCAGGAUAUCAGGGGAGCUGAGCUCACCCCUGGCCUGGCAGGAUCGAAACCGGGAGCGAGGAAUGGGCUGGGCACGCACGACAGAGCAGCGCUCGGUCUGCCAGCUAUCUGGGGACGGCAAACCGACCCGCGCUGGUCCCUUCCCGUCUCACCGAGGCCACGGAGAUUCCUGGCCGGCUGAAGGAUGGUGUAAGCGCUUUAUUGAUUUCUGCAUUCCGCACAGCCCAUCGGCUCCAGUAAAUGUCACAGUCAAACAUCUGAAAGCCAACUCAGCCGUUGUGACUUGGGAUGUUCUGGAAGAUGAAGUGGUCAUUGGAUUUGCCAUUUCCCAACAGAAGAAGGACGUGCGGAUGCUGCGCUUCAUCCAGGAGGUGAACACCACCACCCGCUCCUGUGCCCUCUGGGACCUAGAGGAGGACACUGAGUACAUUGUGCAUGUCCAGUCCAUCAGCAUCCAAGGCCAGAGCCCUGCCAGUGAGCCAGUCCUCUUCAAGACCCCCAGGGAAGCUGAGAAACUAGCCUCUAAAAAUAAAGAUGAGGUGACAAUGAAGGAGAUGGAGAAGAAAAACCAACAGCUGCGAGCGGGGGAAAUUCUCAUCAUUGUUGUGGUGUUGUUUAUGUGGGCAGGGGUGAUCGCCCUCUUUUGCAGACAGUACGAUAUCAUCAAAGAUAACGAGCCAAAUAACAGCAAGGAGAAAGUCAAGAGCGCCUCGGAGAACAGCACUCCCGAGCACCAGAGCGGAGGGCUCCUCCGCAGCAAGUUUCCAAAAAACAAGCCCUCGGUGAAUAUCAUUGAAGCGUGACAGCCUGCCAUCUGAUCAAUGGACUCCAUCCCUCACUCUCACUUUCUGCCUCUGAGCCUUGAUGACUAGGGAGGCGAAAU